AGUUCUUCUAAUCAUCUUGUUUUUCUGUAAGCAAUAAUAUUAAGCAAGCAAGCACACCAAAAGGCCAACGUUAAUGGCAUCUUUCUUAAUGGGCUCAUGCAAAGUCUUCUUGUUCUCGUUUAUUUUCUAUUCCAUUCUGCUCCCCUUUGUCACUUCCACUCAGUUUCUUGUUGGUGGUGACAAUGGCUGGACUCUCCCUAAGAAAGAUGACCCAAUGUUUAAUGAUUGGGCUUCCAGAAAUAGGUUUAAAGUUAAUGACACUGUUUACUUCAAGUACGAGAAAGAUUCAGUUAUGGUAGUGACAGAGGAAGAGUACAAGAAAUGCAGAUCAGCACAUCCCAUAUUCUUCUCCAACAAUGGGGACACCGUGUUCAUGUUUGAUAGACCUGGUUUGUUCUAUUUCAUUAGUGGGGUUAAUGGACACUGCGAGAGAGGGCAGAAGAUGAUCAUCAAAGUGUUGGAAAUAGAAAGCCCGCCACCUGAUAACUCUGGAAAUCAAACAGACAAUUCCACAAAGAAAAAUGGUGCCACUGAAAUUGCAUCCAUUUCAUCAACAAUCACCAUCCUUCUUAGCUUGUCUUUCCUUGGGUUGCUUCUUCUUUAAUUAUCAUCUGUUCUUUGCAAUAGUGAUGAUGCUUUUAUUUUGUUAUAUUAAUUCCUUUAAUUUUAUUUUCUUCAUGUAUGAAGCGUAAUACAGAAUAUUGUUAGCUUGGUUUUCGUUAA